GCCAGGCUGAGAUGGACUUGUGCCGGUAAGACACGGACCUCUGUAUAUUUCCCUCGCCUCUCCUGUUCUGUCCUCAGUCGCGGUGUGAGCCCUGUCUUGUACAAGAUGCCACUGCCACUACUACGACAAAGCUGCAAACCUGAAACAAAGAAAUUUCAGUCUGGCAAAAUUGUGCCCUGUGAUCAUGACCUCUCCAACAAGGGGGAGAAUCACCAAGCAAAAAUAUCUCCAGUUUCACCUCAGGGGAUGGUCAAAAAGAGAUCAGCUUUUGAAGAUCUUACCAAUGCUUCUCAAAGUCAACCUGCACAGUCCAAGAAGGAAGCCAAUAAGGAGAUUGUAAAAGAUGUUUUCAGGAAAAUAAGCAAGAAUAGGCGUGUUUACGGAUCUGCUAAACACAAGGAGAUGAAAAGGUAUAAGUUGGAAAUCUCACCAGUAACAGCUUCUACCACCCCAGUGCCAAAUAUAAUGGAGAAAACGCUCAUUGUAGACAUAUCCACCAACUUCAAAACACCAGCUACCGAAGAGGCAUCACUCAUCAAUAAAUCAUUAGUUUUAAAAGAGGAAACAACUACUGAGGAGACAAACAUCAACAAGAUGUCAUUGAAGAAGUGCAGAAAUCAUGAGGACAUGUCUCUAUUAAAGCAGUCACUAUCCUUGCAGGAGCAGACUGACAGUGAUGAUGAAUUUGUUAUAGAGACAGUGACUUUGGGGAAGAAGCAUAAAGUUGAAGAGACUGCCAUCAGUGAGAAGACAUUAUCCUUAAAGAAGAAGACAUGCACACAUCAGGGGAAGAAGUCUUGUUGGGAGGAGUUGUGGACUUCCCAGGAUAACAAUGAUGAUGACAAAGUUUUUGAUAUGGAGCCAAUAAGUUUUCGGAAGAAACCUAAAACUGAGAAAUCAUCUCCCACUAAGAAGCAAUUAACCCUAAAGAAGCAGCAGCACGCCACAAACGGGAGGAUCUCCAAUGUGAUGAAGCCACUAGUUUUGCAGAAGGUCACCUCUGAAGAGGAGUCACUCUCUAAGGAACCACUGUCCUUUAAGAGAAAGUCUGCUUCUGAGAAGGUGUCCGUUUUUUGGAAGCCAUCUGCACUGCAAGAAAAGCCUGCCAACGAACGAGAGGUGGCCAUCUCGAAGACAUCAUUGACCUUGUGGGAGAAGAUAGACUUGGAAGAAGAGUCCUUCUUCAAGGAGUCAUUAGCUUUUAAGGAGAAGCCUACCACUGAGGAGACUUUUUCAAACAGGAAAUGCAUUACUCAAGGGAAGAUAUCAUAUUUGAAGAAACCAUUAGUACUGCAGAAGGUCACCUCUGGAGAGAAGUCACUCAUCACAAAUCCAUCACCCUUUAGAAAGAUGUCUACCACUGAACAGGAGUCUCUCUCCUGGGAGUCAUCUACGUUGCAGGAGAAGCACAUGACUCAAGAGGUGGUGGGAUUCUUGAAGAAGCCACGGGCAUUGCAGGAGGAUAGGAACCAUGAAGAUAAAUCUUUUAUGGAGCUAGUUUCUUAUAAGAAGAAGCAUAUUAUUAAGCAGACAACAUACACAAAGAAGCCAUCACCUUUGAAUAAGAAGUUUAAUACUCAGGGGGUGAUCUCCUGCUUGAAGCCUCAGACAGUAACCUUGGGGAGGAAAUCACUCACUAAGGAGCCGUUGACUCCCCAAAAGUCUCCCACUAGGGAGGAAUCACUUCUUGAGGAAACUGUGGGUUUUCCAAAGGAACAUACCAUUGAGAAAGCAACCCUUUCCAAAAAUCCUUUGUCUUUAAAGAAGCAGCAGCCCAGCACUCAAGGGACAGUGUCCCACAUGAAGAAGCCACUAGUAUUGCAAAUGGUUACUUCUGAAGAGAAGUCUCUGGUUAAGGAGCCAUUGUCCUUUAAAGAAGAAAAUGUGUCUUUAGAGAAAAAAAAGGGUACUACUUACUCAGUGCCCUUCUGGAAAGAACUGUCAGACUGGCAGGAUAUAAUUGAUAAAGAAAAUAAUUCCAUCUAUGUGAAGCCAGUGUCACUUAGGAAGAAGCCUACAAAUGAAGAGACAGUCCUUUCUAAGAUACCAGUGUCUUUAAAAAAGAAGGAAACCACUUAUGGGAAGGUGUUCCUGGUAAAGAAUCCAAUGGUCUUGCAGAAGACCACAUCUGAAAAUUCAUCACUCUAUAAGAAGCUAUUGCCUUUAAAGAAGAAGCCUACAACUGAAGAGAAGUUCUCCCAGGAGCCAUCUUCACUGAAAAAGAAGCAUACCAACCAGCAGGAGGUGUCCCUCUUAACGCAACCAUCAUUCUUUCAAGAGAUCACCACUGAAGAAAAAUCAGAUAGUAAGGAUCCAGCAACUUUGAAGGAGAAGCUUAUCACUGAGAAGAAAUUCCUCUUUCAGGAGCCACAUUCUUUGCAUUUUAAGCCUACCAAUGAAGAUGAGUCCCUUUUUCAGAAAGCUUUGGUCUUGCAAGAGAAGACUAGUACCAAAGAAGACUCCCCAGAGAAGCUGUUGGCUUUGCAGGAAAAAAGCAUCAGUGAAGAGAAGUCCCUUUUCAAUAAGCUCUCCAAUUUGGAGAAAGAGCCCUCCACUGAGGAAGCACCAAGCAUAGAGGGGCAAUUAUCUUUAAUGAAGCUUGAUGCUCAGGAGCAGUUGGCUUUGCAUGAGAACAUUACUAGUGAUGAGAAGUUCGUUAUUAAUCAGCCAGUGAUCUUGCAGGAGUUUCUGAACAUAGAGAAAGAGAUCCUCUUGGAGGAGCCCUUGGUCAUACAGGAGAAUCCCAGCAUUGAGAAGGAGACUGUACUCAAGAAGCCAUUGAUCUUGCCGAGGAAUUCCACCAUUAAGAAGCAGUAUACCAUGGACACAGGAGCUCACUUCAAGGAAGAUUUGGCUUUCCAUGAGAAACCCAGCAUCGAGGAGCAACAGAAACCCACAGUUGGUGGGGGAGGCCUCUUCAUGGAACCAUUGGCCUCACAGGAGAAUCCCAGUGCUGAGAUGGAGGCUACCCUGAAAGAGCUCUGGGCCUUGCAGGAGAAGCUCAACGUUCAGAAGGUGACCAUACCUGAAAAGCCAUUAGUCAUUCAGGAGAAGUCCAAUGUGGAGAAGGAGCCAUUAGCCAUGCAGGAGAAAACUACCACAAAGGAGAUAUUCCUUUUCAAGGAGAUAUUAGACUUGGACGAGAAACCCAUCACUGGGAAGGAGUUCUCCUUUAAAGAUCCUUUGGCUUUGGAAGAAAAUCCUACUCACAAGGAAGACACUUUUUCCAAAACAUUCUUGACCUUUGAUAUUAAGAACGACCCACGUGUAUCCAGCACUACCCUUGAAACCAGUACAGACAAAUCCAGUGCUGCCAACAUGUGCAAUGCACAGUACAGUACCACCAGCCAGUCCAGUGAAUGUGAACCUGAUUCCAAAGGACCUUUUUCAUCUCAGAGCGAGAGCAUAGAAAAGGAGAUGACCAUACCAGAAGAUAUUGACAAGGACCACAGCGAUCCAUGUUUCAAUUCAAUAUAUGCCAAGGAUAUCUUCAGUUACUUGAAAAAUAGAGAGGAAAACUUCAUACUUAUUAAAUACAUGGACAAACAGACUGACAUCAACAGUGAUAUGAGGGCCAUUCUUGUCGACUGGUUGGUGGAGGUACAGAUGACCUUUGAGGUUUGUCAUGAGACCUUGUACUUGGCAGUAAAGCUGGUGGAUCACUACCUGAUGAAGGUAGUAUGCCAGAAAGACAAGCUACAACUCCUUGGUUCAACUGCCUUUCUGAUUGCAGCAAAAUUUGAGGAACCCAGCCCUCCUUGUGUGGAUGACUUCCUGUACAUCUGUGAUGAUAUUUACAAGCGAGAUGAACUGCUUGCCAUGGAAAUCAGUAUCCUGCAAGCCCUCAACUUUGACAUCAACAUUCCCAUUGCCUAUCAUUUUCUGCGCAGAUAUGCUAGGUGUGUCCAUGCCAGCAUGAAGACACUGACCUUGUCUCGCUUCAUCUGUGAGAUGACCCUGCAGGAAUAUGACUAUGUCCAAGAGAGAGCUUCCAAACUAGCAGCUGGCUCCUUCCUCCUGGCCCUCUACAUGAAGAAGCUUGAACACUGUGUUCCUAUCUUGGAGUAUUACAGUGGCUACAAGUCCUCUGAGCUCCACCCCCUGGUUAGGCGGCUGAACUUCAUGCUGACUUUCAGUUCUUACAAUAGGCUCAAGACUGUGUAUUCCAAGUAUUCUCACCAGAUCUUCUUUGAAGUCGCCAAAAUCCCACCCUUGGACACGUCGAAGCUGGAGGAGAUUUUGGGCUCUUAAUUAUGAGGCUGAGGGGUCUGGCACUCUGGCAGUAGCCACAAAGGCUAAGAAAGCAUGAAAAGAAAAUAGGCUGUAUUUAUUCUGUGCUUGAAUUUGUCUUUUGGUUACUUUUCUUCAUUCUUUACUUUUCUUUGUUCGUCUUUUUCCAAACUGAUAAUGUUGUAAAAAUUUAAGUUGUUUUUAUG